GGUGUUCAACACGAACGCGCGGAUAUUAACGAGCGCGAUGCGAGGCAGCUGGGCGAUGACGCGCGCGCUGUUGGUCACGAAAACGCUCCCGGCGGCGGCGGCGGUGUCCGCCGCGCGCGCGGCGAAGGACCGAAGCGCGUGGCGACGCCACGUCAUCGUAUCACACCACGUGGCGCUUCGAUCGCAGUGCGCGAUAGAUGACGUGGUGCACGCGGAGGACACGUGGCGAGACGUGAUUGGUAAGGAGGGGUCGCUCGACGCGUACGCCGAGGCGGCGGAGGAAGUCGGCAACCGCGCCUGGGUGCUGACCGCGCUUCGAUGGUGCGCGCGCGAGAUCGAGCGCUUCGCGUUCGAGGACGGCGCGCUGGAGUACGAGAUUCGGCGGCUUCGCGCGCGGUGGUUCGAGGAGAAGGGAGAGAAGAUGAGCGACGCGGAGGAAGCCGCGGCGCGCGCGUCGCGAGCCGCUCGGCUGUCGACGCGCGGCGGCGGGUUGGUCCCUACGCGAUGGCACGUUCAGAACGACCCUCACGUUACCGUCAAGCCGCUCAUCGUGGACGUCGGGUCGUGCUGGGACUACUUCCGACGCCACGACGACGCGUUCGAGGUCAUCGCGCAGGACCUGCGCCCGCGGAAGGACGCGAUGUUGCGUUCGGACUUUUUAGAGUUGGUCAUCCAGGACGACGCCGCCGCCGCGCCCGGGAUCUCCGAACGCGCCCCCCCGGGGGGAGGACCGCGCGACCUGACCUCGCUCCCGCGCGGAUGCGCGACCGCGGUCGUCAUGUCGCUCGUGCUCUCGUACGUCCCGACGCCGAAGCUACGCGGCGAGAUGGCGCGGCGCGCGCGCGAGCUCCUCGCGGACGAAGGCCGCGGGCUGUUUCUCGUGGUGACGCCGCACAGCACCGAUAAGUCGCAUAACCCUCGGAACGCGUUGCCCAUACUGAGAGAGUGGAAAGACGCGAUCGAGAGCCUCGGGUUCGAACGCGUGCGACUCGAGCGCCAGCGCGCGGUGCACGUGAUGGCGUUUCGGACCGUGGGCGCGGGAGGGGCGGCGUGCGGAGAAGGCGACGCGCCACCGCUUCGGAUCGCGUUCGACGGGCCGCAAGAAGGGAGGCAAGGGUUCGUCGGCGGGCAGGUCGGCGGCGACGCGCGAUGAGACGAGACGCCUAAGCCGCGUGGCGGGAGGAUGUCAGGAUACUAUGUGGUAGGAUUCAUGAUAAUACCUAGGUAUGAUAUCGAUAUUAAACGCCUCCACGCGAGUUGACGACUUAAUUAAUUAAGAUUAAGGCUUCGACGACGACGUGCGCGCCCUGUGCUUCGCGAGCUUGUCCAUGAGCGACGAGGUCGCCGCCGACCUGCCGCUGCUGCCGCCGCCGCCGCCGCCGCCACCACCCCCGCCGCCGCCGCUCUUCGCACUCGCUCUCUCAUUUUCACUCUCUCGCUUCUUCGCCAGCGCGGCCAUGAGCGGGCUCACGGCCGCCGCCGCCGCCGCGGGCUUCGGCUUUGGCUUCCCCGCCGCCGCCGCAGCCGCCUUGGCUUGCGCCGCGGCGCUCUCGGGGACCUCUUCGAUCUCGACGUCUUCAAUCUCCGCUGCCGCCGCCGCCGCGCCGCCGCCGGUCGGCGUCGACCACGGCUCCGGCGUCGGCGGCAACGCCUCCGGAGGUGGUUUCGGUUUCGCCUCCUUCGCCUUCGCUUCCGGGGAGACGUCCGGCGAGAUGGACGCCAGGAGCGCGUUCACCCGCGCCUCCAUCUCGAUCAGUUUCCCCCGUGCGGCGACGAGCUCAGUCGUCGCCGCGUCUUUCGCGUCCUCCGCCGCCGCCGUCGCCGCGCGCGCGGUCGCCGCGUCGCGCUCGGCGUCGCGUCGCAGCGUCUCGAGUUCGCGCUCCGCGGCGGACGCGCGAAUCGUGGCGACGCGCGCGCGUUCUUCCGCGUUUUCGACGGCUUGGAACGCCGCCGCGGCGACGGCGCCGCCGUCGUCCGAAUUUUUCCCGCCAUUCUUUUCUCCGACGUUUCCCCCGCCGCCGUUCGGGCCGUAGCCUAACGAGUCGCGCGCGGUCACGAUCACCUUCGCGGCGUCCGCGUACGACAUCCCGGUCACCUUGGACAGCUCCAGCGCGGACGUCGCCGUGAGAUGCGCGCGUUCGAUCUUCAACCGCGCGAACGUCUCGACGUGCUUUUCGCAUCCGAGCAAACGAAGAAUGUGAAUCAACGCCACGCACUCCGGCGAUCGGCUCGCUUCCUCGAGCGUCCGCCGCUUCUUCGCGAGCACCUUGCGCCGCGCGACCGCGCCGCGCAUGAUACGCUGUAUAAGAAACGUCGCCCUCACGAGCGUUUCAUACGGCUCAGGGUGGUCCUUCUUCAGAAGCGCGAGACGAUGCGACUCGACCAUCGCCGCGAGCUCGCGAUUGGAAAAAAGGUCCAUCCCCGUCGCCUUAUCACCUCUGUCGAGUAACAUCCGGUUCAGCGCGCGUCGCUUCCCGACGCCGCCGUUCACGCUCGCGAUGACGAUCUUCGCGUAGUUCAACAGCGCUUCUCUGAAGACGAUCCGCGUCACGAUCCUGUGCAUGCGCUUCUGCACUUUCGGAAACUCCGACACGACCUUCAGGAGCGCGUUGCGGUUCAACGAGAGCACGAUCGAGUGACACAGCGUGAUCGCGGGCUGCG